GCGUGGAGGUGCACUUGCACUGCAGAUGCACAUAGCCGUGCGCGGGCAGGUGCUGUGGGUUGUGCUCUUUUCAGGCAGACGGGCACCAAGAACAGCAUCCAGAGAAGCAGACGCUUUUCUCAUACUCUUCGUGUUCGCUUGUUUGGAGAUGUACGCACCAGUGAUUCGUAAGACCGCCGGGAUAGGGACCAGGAAUUCGGGCAUGCGCAACUGCGUGUAGGGCAAAAGCUGAUUUUGCUCGGACAUCGGCUCUCAUCGAGGCUGGAACGUAUUUGAUCGAUUCGAACACCGGUGGUGUAUACCAGGAGUUCAUUCUUGUUUUGUUGAGCGAUACGAAAGCGACGUCAUUGCCGCGGAGCACGCGAUAUGGACUAUGCUAUCGGUCAUGGUCGAUGGACUCCUCUGCACGACCCUUCCAGCAAGGACUCAUCGACAGCUUUUCCGCUCAACGGGGUAGAUCUCGCGACUGUUUCCGAUGAAACACUCGUCGUGAUCAGCAAAUCUUCACCUGUCGUCUACAGUCUCGGGUCUACCAAGGUCGUCCGUCUUUCUACAGAUCUGGUUCUCAAAUUCGGAGCAGCAAUUCAAAUACAGGAGAUUGAGGCGAUGAAACAUGUCCUCUCUCACACGAGCGUUGCUACUCCGAAGCUACAUCGCUACUUCUUCGUAGAGAAUGAGGCUUCUGCUUUUCGUAACUGGGGAUAUAUCGUCAUGGAUUAUGUCGACGGCGACAUGCUCGAAGAUAUCUGGAAGGGUCUGAGUUCGGAAAAACGUACCGACGUCAUCAAACAGGUGGCCAGCAUUAUCUCGCAAUUACAAGAUGUUCGAUUCGAACGACCUGGGCCUCUCGGCGGAGGUCGAGCGAGAGGUUUCUGGUUCUCGGACUACGGAGCAGGUCCUUUCAACAGCAAAGUCGACUUUAACGAAUACUUCACGAACAAGCUUGAAUUCGCCCAAAGGGUCGGACGGGCAAGCAAAGACCUCCCACGUUUCGAUUACUCCACAUUCGUUCUCGUACACCAGGACAUCAACCCUGUGAAUUUAAUUGUAGAUCGUAAUGAGAAGGUGUGGAUCAUCGACUGGGGAAACGCAGGAGCGUACCCGGCAAUUUUUGAGGCAGCAGCUAUGAAUGACUCUACGAUGUUUGGGGAGUCCAAUGCCCUUCUGUUGCCACAUACCUACAACGACGCGGAAGAAAGAAAGCAUAUCAUGGGCGUCCUUUGGACUACACUUUCUGCAGGGUAUGCAUAUUCGAAUGCAGAUUCAAUCUAGAGAGAGGUCAAAGGAGACUGCAAACCGGAUGAUUGCCCUAUUUUUCCUACAUGUAUAUGACGAUACAGAAGAAAGCAAAAACAUCAUGGGUAUCAUUUUGACACAACUCACGAUAGGCGCUCUUUUCCGGCAGAGAGGCCAAGGACAGGAAUGUAGCAUCGCCUCAUUUCACGACAAUCAUUCAUCUCACCUAUUCGCUGAUUCUGACUGAUGGUGGGUCGCUUGCAGGCUGCUUGCAGAGCGACACGUGAGAAGAGCGGUCUCGGUCAAUCAAAGAAAAACAAGAAAAGGAUACAUAGGUACCCUCUGUAUUAGCCUCUAUCCUGAUCUUCAACCGUUGUGAUAUUCAUAGAUAUUUACAUGUGCAGUAACAAGUUACUAGCAACUAGGAUAGCAACUAGGACAGCCCGACUAGGAC